GUUUGACAGUGUUAGAGCUGGAGGGCGGGGAACGGCCGGAUGCAGUACGCGCGUGCAGGGGUACAGGGAUGCCAGAUAGAUGGAUGAGAGAGAGAGAGAGAGAGAGAGAGAGAGGGAGAGAGAGAGAGAGGUGUAUAAUACACAGCUAAUAUAGAUUAAUCUCUUCUGCUCUAAUUCACCAACGAGAUAAAAGCACAGCUCGAUAUUUCUUCCCCCCCCCCUCUCUCUCUCUCUGACACACUCUCUCCAUUACUUACUUACACACACACACACGCAUACACAGCUGCCAGCCUGUAUGCUUCCGUCCUCGCGCCAGCGGGUGGCCGCCUGGCUGCUCGCGCUGCCGGCAGGAAGAGGUGGAGGAGAGGAGUGCGCGCGCCGCGGCCGCCUGGAGAUGAUCUCGUUUUGGCUGCUGUGCUGGAAGCUGUUGCGAGCGACAGCCGGUUUGAGGAGAACACCGGAGCUAACCGACAGUAGCCACAACAGUUACGACAACCCUGCGGACGAUUCUCCCGCCACCACGCAGCUGACAGACCCAGUUACCAUGGAGAUCAGCUCAUCGCCACCGCUCACGGACCUGGAAAGAGACAACUUGUUUAACUACCACAGCCAGGAAGUGGAGGAGGAACUCCAUUACCCAGAGUUCACAGGGUCAGAUGAAGCUGUGGAGGGAGAGAAAGAUGAAAGACGAGAUGGAGACGAGUGCGACUAUCUCGUUUUUGCGAUAGGAGAGGACAGGGGAGGUGAAAGUGAGGAGGUAGAAGACGUAGAGAGAGAAGUGGAGGUGGAGGAGGAGGGAGAAGAUGGAGGAAGAGGAGAAACAGAGGGUGAGGAUGAACGGAGAGGAGAGAUAGAGGGAGAAGAAGGUAGAGGAGAAACGGAAGGGGAGGUUGAAGUGGGGAGAGAAUUUAAGCUGGAAGAUGACGACAGAGGUAAAGUGGAGGGAGAAGAUGAGAGUAAAAUAGAUUGGGGGAGGAGAGAGAUAGAGGGAGAAGAUGAGGGGAGGGAAAACGUCGAGGGGGAAGAUGGAGAAAAUGUUGAAGGAGAGAAAGAAGACGCUCUGUCAGAGCUUCUCAUGUCAUCUGUCUCCGACAGUCCAGCGUGUCUGUUAUCAUCAGAGAUGCUCAUCAACACCUCACACUCCUCAGAACAGCCAGCGGCGGCCAUGGUGGUGACGGCGGACAUUUUGCAAGCUGCCUCAGUUCAUGACGUCGGCAACAGAGACGACCUUAGUGACGGUCACCUUAGCGACUGCCUCCAGGCCGAGCUGGCUGUCGUGUACUCGGACAGCGAUGCCGAGAGAGACGACCAGUUAGCUCCGUCCGUGACGUCCGAGGUCGUCGACCACGAGGAAGCAGGCGAGUGUGAUGGAGGGAGCAAGGACGUAGAAGAGGAGAGGCGAGAGGAAGAAGUGGAAAAUGAAAGAGAUGAUGAGGACGACGAGCAGAUGAGGAGGUCCAAUCUCUUCCUGCGAUCUCCGUCUCCUAGCUCCACAGCGAGCUCCACGGAUCCCGACAGGAGGCUCCCUGCAGAUUUCUGCGUGCAGCAGGAGAUGUGCAGUGAGAACGUCUCCACUGAACACGUGGACUUCUUGUUGGCCCGACGGCAGUGGAAGAAAAUGGAGGAGGAGGUCAAAGGUCAGCCCAUCCCUAAACCUGUGCUCAGAGCUCAGGGAAGCUUCCAGGGAACCCACACUUCUCUGUACCCGCCGACCCGCAGCCCGCGACUCAAACACAGGGGCACCAAUCCGCCAGUGUCCACCACGGAGCCCUCACUAGCCUCCACCCUGUCACCCAGCUCAGAGGACUCAGGCCUGGAUGACUCGCUGUACCGCUGCCCCCUGGAGGAGCCGGAGAGCGCUGUGGAGCGAGAGAUCCGACUGACUCUGGAGAGAGAAGAGCGGCACCGCAGAGAGAGGGGGAUGCUCGCACAGGGUCUGACUUUACCCAGACCGCCCACACUGCGAACAGGACGAUCUCCACCGCGACCUCCCGCCUGCCGGACACCCACUCUGUCCAUCUCCCCUUCUCCCUCCUGCUCCUCCUCCUCCUCCCUCCCUCGAUCCGUCUACCAUGAGAUGACAGCCAACAACGUCAUCAUCCUGGAGCCGGACUCUUCCAGCUCUUCCUCCAGGAACCGCCUCCUCCCUUCGUCAAUCGGGGCUCUCUCUGAAUGGCCGUCAAGCCUCGAUGCAGUGCCCUCCGCCAACGUCAUCGUCGUGGAAACGUCCAAUUUGAUCAUCCGCAGCGCUUCAGAGUUCUGCCUGAGCUCCGCCACGCCCUCAACGGCCGAGACGCAGGAGAGCACCUUCACUUCCAAUCCCUUUUUCAAGCUGCGCUCGCUCAGCAGCCAGUCUCUGGUAGAGCAGGAGAUCAAGGUGGUGAGGCAGCGGGAGGAAGAGUGGAGGAGGCAGAGGGAGGACAUGUGGAGGAGGAGGAGAGAGGAGGAGUGGAGGAGAGGGAGAGAGAGGUAUGACACCGUGCUGGUGUCUCCAGGCCUGACGGACAACGUCAGCUUCAAUGUGCCCGAGGUUCCAGACAGAUGUGUCUCCUCCCCUUCGUCCCCCUCCAGAACCCGCAAAAUGGAACGGUCCAGUUUGUCCUGUGACCACAAGUUCCCCGCCUCCCUCUCUUCUGUGCCGCAACGACAGAACGCCAUGGCGCAGCGGUGGGAGGCCUCUCUUUUAGCCAAUCAGAAGAAGGAGUAAGGAAGAAGAUUUUAAACCCAAAAUGAAGAUCUACACCGUUUUUUUUCUUUUUAAAAGUCGUUACUUUGUCGUUAAAAGUCACACAUUCCGACGUCCACUGUGGUCAGAACCACAUGAGCAGCGACUUCACAGCAUCUGUUUCCUGUGUGCGAUGAUCACAAAAUGUUAAUGAGAAGAAGAGGAGAUUAAAUGCACUUUGUCUGAAGCUGUAAAAAAACUGUAAAAAGAAACAAUGGAACAUAAUGUCAUGUCAGACACUUUAAGUAGAGUAAAUAACAAUAACGAGUAAAAGUAUAGAAACGCAUUCAUAAAUGUCGGUACAAUAUUUGAUGUUUAUUUUAUUCUUUAUAAUGUAAUAUUUAGAGCACUUUCAGCGUAUACACUGGCAAAAAAAACGUAAUUAGGUUUAUUCAAACUAGUACAAUUAACAGAUUAUAUGAAUACAUAUCAUAUUAGUUGUUAAUUUUUAGUUUGCAUCAACUUAAUUAACUUGAAAGUUAAAGUUAGCUUCACUUUAGUUUUUAAUAAACUUAAUUUGUGUUCAAUUGAAUAAUUUAUUGAUUUGUAUCAGUACGAUUGACUGUAACGGAGAGAUUUAAUUUAUUUUAGCCUUCUUUAAAAGCAUGUUUAUUUUUUUAAAAUAUUGUAUCUAUGCAUCGGAGAAAUUUGAGAUAUGCUGUUAUUUUUUUGUUUUUAAACAGGUGCCAAUCAAUGGAGAGUUUAAAACAAAUAACUGCCUUUAAUCAAAUUAAAUGAGCCAGUAAUUAUAUUUGCCACCUUUAAAAUGAUAAUAUGUCGUAAAUGGUUGCUACAGCACUUACUAAACUGAAUCGGAAAUUCUAACUCUCUAAUGUAUCGUGAAGAUUUUUAAUUAAGUAUUUUUAUGUCCUUUUUUGUCUUGAUUCCUAAAAAAAGAAAGAAAAGAAAAAGAGAUUUAUUGUAUUUUAUUUUUGCUGCGUAUAUUUAUGAAUUAAGCAGUGCUUAUGAAUCCUUAAAGGCUUUUAUUUGUAAACAAAAAAUGUUUAUAAUACAUUGUGUCAGAACGACGUAUUGAAACUAGAAUUAUGCCAUUGUUUGUUUUUUAGGAGUGGAUUAAAGCUACAACAUUGGAAGGUUUUAGCAUAUUAUCUAUAUUUUCCUGUGAUUUCAUCGCUCUACUAUGCUACUAAGUGUUUUUUUCCCCCAUGUCUAUUUUUCAAAAAACUUUAAUUUUAUGGUACACUUAUUAACCAUUACCUGCUUCUUUAACAGCAUGCAUCCCGUAUUAGGAGCAUACCUUCUCUUUAUUAGUCACAAUAAAGCACUUUAAUAUUAAUAUUCUUUAAUAUAAAAUGAGUAGGUCUUUACAUAGCAUAGUAUGUGAAUAAUAUAUUCCGUAAUACUAUUUAGUUAUUAUUAAAUUAUUUUGCCAGUAGGUGGGGAAAUUACUUUGAUUUGAU